AUGAAUACUUUUGAUUUUACGACUGUUUCGUCGCAGCUUCCACCUAAUACAGGCCCACCGGGCACAGUUCCAACAAAUAAUGGGAACGGUAGUUCGUCCAACACCAACAAGAACUUGAGCCAUGUUCCGUGCAAGUUCUAUAGACAAGGUAUUUGUCAGGCAGGAAGUUCAUGUCCAUUCUCACAUAACUUUGAUGGGAGUUUAGCAGCUGAGAAACUACCUUGCAAGUAUUUCCAAAAGGGAAAUUGUAAGUUUGGACUCAAAUGUGCUUUAGCACACUUUUUACCGGAUGGAACCAGAGUAAACUCCAAAAGCUUACGGAUGUCUCAGCCUAUCAAUACAAAUGUCGCUAAUGGGAACGGUCACCUUCGUCGCUCUUCGAACAAUAUGAAUAAUGUGAGUUUUAAUCAUUACACUUCGCAGCCGAUAGAUAUAAAUGCUGAAUCUUUGGAGCAUAUUGGGCCUCAAAGUAACAGUAUGGUUUCUCCAAGCAACAAUGUUGCACAGUUUCUUAAUGUGGGUCAUAAGUUCCCAUCGCAACCAGGGUCGUAUACCCAAAGCUUAACUAGAAAUUCUUCGUUUAACUCUAGUCUUUCUGGGUUACCAAAUUCGUAUACUAAUGGCAGUACUAGUGCUUAUAACAACCUUCCUGUGAAAUCUAGUAACCAAUCUUCGGCGUUCUUUAGAUCAUAUUCAACGAAUACUUCGCCACCGAACCAGACUACAUCUCCGUUCUACAGUAAUUCUUCCAACAUAGCUACAGGGGUGAGUCAAUCUCCACUUAAUACCCCAUUUUCAGAUAAGGCUACAAAUCCUUUCUCAAUAAAACUCGCUUCUCGUUCGUCAUUUUCAUCGCCAACAUGCUUACAAAACUACGAUUCUGCAGUUAUUGAUGACGAAGACGAAGAAAUGUAUAACGAUAGUGGCUAUUUCGAAGAUUAUGUUCCAGGAUCAUUAAGUGAUUUAAUUUUAACGCCGCAAGAGAUGCAGAGACGUGAUUCUAGAUCCCAGUCUGGUACUUUACUUGUAAGGCCCAAUCUAAGCUCUACAUUAAGCUCAAAUACGAAUGAAGAAGACGAGAAGAAGGAGGAUAGAACUGAGUCGAAGGAUGAUUCGAAGGACAAAUCUGAGAAAAUCUCUACUCAUGAUGAUGUGUUUUUGAUGGAUUGA